AUGCUCUUAAUUGUGAUGAUCAAAUACCUCUUCCUCCUCCACCUCCACCUCCUCUCAGAUUCUGAACCAACUUCACAAGCCAACCUCGAAUUUGACACAGCUCUUUCAGUUACUCAAAUCUACAAUGGAAUUAAUUUACGUAAAGGAACCAGAGACCGUCCCGAGCACCUUGGGGUAUGUGUCGUACCAAGUCCACAUACUUUAGUAGUUGAUAAAGGAGAUUCUAUCGAGAAAAUCAAAGUCUCUAUAUCUUUAAUUAAGGCUGGAAUGCAACCUAUAGUGAGAGAGUUUUCGCGUGAUUUCGAAUUUAAAGGAGUACUUUCGGGCGGACGUGGAUAUAAUGAAUUCAUUACAUUACAACAUUUGCAGAAUUAUCUUACAGACGACCAACUUACUCUUUCUAUUGUUCUGGCUAUUGAACAAAAAAUCAAAAAUUUACUGGGUGGACCAAGUUUACAUCCAAAAUCUCAACCUUUCAAUUUCUCUAAUCAAGAUCUAAAAAACUUUCAAGACGUUACUAUACAUGUCUUUAACGAAAAAAAUGAUGGAUCAGACGAAAUGGAAACCAAUUUCAACCACGAUUCCACUGCUAGUAUACGCAGUAACAAGAGGAAGAGAGUGGAAAGCACUGAAGAUAUUAAAUCCAAUAAAAAGAUCACACUACAUAGCCACAAGUUUAUUCUUGCUUCAGCAUCUCCUUGGUUUAGGGAUACAUUCCUUAGUGGCAUGAAAGAAUCUACUGAAAAUGAAGUGAAAAUUCGUGGAGUUGACCCAAACAUAUUCAAAUGGAUAUUCGACUUUAGCUAUGGCAAAGAUAUAAAGAUAAAAAAUAGUACCCAUGGUAUAAACAUCAUCAAAGUUGCUGAUCGUCUCCAGUUCAAAAUCAUCAAAGACUAUACUUUUUUAUGCUUGCAAAAUCAUAUAAACAAGUUCAACAUCUUUGAUAUCUGGGAAACAUCAGAUCUGUGCGAUUGUGUUGAAACCAGAAGAUUCUGCAUGCAAUAUAUGAGGAGUAACUACGUUGAUAUUUUUUUGUCUCCGGGUUGGCUUUCGGCCAACGAUGAGUAUGCUCUCAAAGCAAUCAAGAUAGAUGGCUUAAAAGGAGUAAUGGAUGAGACGAUAUUUUACAGAACAGUAAUGACAAGAAGAAGAGCUGCCGUCAUGGAAUUGGCCAAAUUACGUAUAACGAAAGAGAAAGAAUGGAAGGAGGAAUUGCUUAAAGCACCAUCUGGUAGUUCUACUCCCAGUGGCGAAGAUGAAUCGGAAAUAGUUAAAGAAGUCAAAGAAGAAGCCAAAGUCUCUGAAGGUGAUGUCAAGGUCUCUGAAGGUGAUGCCAAAGUUUCUGACGAUAACUCCAGAGAAGAUACUGGCGGAAAAGUCAAAGAAGAUUCUAAAGACAAUGGCAAAGAAAAAAUGGAUACAAAUGUAAAAGUAACAGAUAGCGGAGGUGAAGAUUCGUUAGGAAAUGUAAAAGCGGUAGUUGAGACAGAGGCUGAAAAGCUUAAAAGGUUAGAGAAGAUACGAUGGGAAGAAUACAUUAAAAAAGAACUGGAAUCUACACACAAACAUUUUGAGACUAUGAUUCUCCAUAUACGAUUCCCUCAGAUGGGGAUAGAAUUCCUUGCCAAUACAGUCGAAAAAGACGAUUGCGUUAUGCAGAUACCAGGAAUUAAAGACGUACAUAUGUUUAGUGAUAAUUUAUAUGGCGUUUGUUGGUUCAACAACAACCUUUAUGCUAUUUGCUUUCUUACGGGAAUUUCAAUUGAUUACAGGAACCUUUUUGCUUUACGACUAAUGUCAAAGUUCUCUCGUUUUGGCUAUGUAGCUCGUCUAUUGCCUCACUGA